AUGCCGGCCGCUUUUUGCAGCUCCGCGCUCGCAUUAACUUCCCGUCCCAUCUUGCCAGUGCGCGUCCUCUCCUCCUUCCUGACCUCGCAUCGUUUGCUAACAAGAACAGUUUCACCAUAUCCCCUUCGAAAGAGCCGCUCAAAAUUUUUAAAUCAAGCUUCACGCACGUUUGCCUGUGCACCACCCCCAGGCGAAACCCCGAGCAUUUCGACCUCGCUGCCAACGAAUGAAACAGCUUCACAUACGACCGCUUCCAAUAUCAUAUCGCUGGGAGAGGAUGCAAUUGAGUCGCUUCGGGCUCGCUUUAAUGAACUAGACCCCCAGGAUGUCAUCGCGCAGGAAAAAUUAAUCCUUUCAACCUUUCCCUUUAAGCUGGACAAUUUUCAAACAUCAGCGCUACAUUCCCUAGCGAAUGGAGAGAGUGUUGUCCUCUCUGCACCAACUGGUGCUGGGAAAACAAUUGUUGGCGAAAUGGCUGUCUACCUUGCUUUAUGUCGACGAUUACGAGUUUUCUACACCACUCCGCUAAAGGCGUUAUCUAAUCAAAAGUUUUAUGACUUCAAAAAGCUUUUCGGCGAGCGUCGAGUUGGCUUGCUCACAGGCGAUGUCACAGUGAAUCGCGACGCAGAUGUUGUUGUCAUGACGACCGAAGUUUAUCGAAAUAUGCUCUACGCAGACUCCACCGAAGUUGUUAGUUAUCGGUCUGUUACGGAUGACCUCUUUGCAGUCGUCUUUGACGAGUUUCACUACCUUAAUGAUCGCGACAGAGGUACAGUCUGGGAGGAGAGCGUCAUUAACAGUCCAAGUCACGUCCUGCUUGUCGCCCUUAGCGCCACGAUGUCGAACACAGCAGAUGUGAAAGAUUGGUUUUCGAACGUCCAGGGAGGCACAGCUUUGAUAGAAUCCAGCGUGCGCCCCGUUCCACUGAAAUUUGGGUACUGCGACCAACAGGGGAUGACUCCUUUAUUUGCAGACGAUACUAGGAAGACUGGCCAUAAACGUGGUUUUGGGCGUCGCGGAAGAAAGGGAGGUGGCAACUCUGAGCGCGACGUGAAGCUUCAUCCGAAGUUGCUUCGCCGCGUAAAGGACUUGAAAGAUGUGCGCGACAGGAACGGCAGAGCACAGAGAAAUAGAGGCGAUUCUCGAGAUGGCAUUGAAGUUAUGAAGGGCAAAUAUCACGAGAUCGCUACUAGAAGCAAGAAACGUUCACGAGAUCGCUACGCUGAGAUUCCGUCAUUCCCAUAUGUUGUGCGAAAUCUUUCAAGGAAUGACAUGCUUCCUUGUAUCAUAUUUAUAUUUAGUCGCGCAGGCUGCGAUCGCGCUGCGGUUGCGGCUUCUUCGGAACGAACAGAGUUAGUGUCCGUCAAGGAACGCGAAAGGAUCCGAGAGAGACUGGAUGCUUUUGUAGCAGAGCAUCCCGGAUUGGUGCAGGCUGACCGUCUAAACCUUGCACUUCAAGGCAUUGCGAGCCAUCACGCCGGCCUUUUGCCGCUUUGGAAACUAUGCGUCGAAGAGCUAUUUCAAGAUGGACUCAUCAAAGUUGUUUUUGCGACUGAAACGCUAGCGGCAGGUAUCAAUAUGCCAGCUCGCACCACUGUUAUUUCGUCGUUGUCCAAACGCGCCGGUGAUGCAGGUAUUGUUUCUCUUACAACCAGUGAGGUGUUGCAAAUGGCGGGAAGAGCAGGUAGGCGCGGUAAAGACGUUCUUGGGCAUUCUGUAGUUCUGCGAUCCCGUAACGAGGGUGCAUUGGAAGCAUUUAAGGUGUUGACAGCUGACGUCGAUGCAUUGCAGUCAAAAUUUACACCUAACUACGGAAUGGUGCUCAAUCUUCUGUCUGCUCGGCCGUUAGAGGAUGCAAAGAAGCUAGUUGAUAGGUCCUUUGGCAACUUUCUGCGAGAGAAGCAGCUUAACGAAGUUGCAUACCAAUCAACAGGGAAUAGGUCUCUUCCUGGCAACAUUGAGGCAAUUGUCAGGGAAAAAUUGGCGCUUGAGUCCGUCUUGGAGGAAGCGAGGACAAUUGUAUCCUCGGUUGAUGAGAAGCAGUUGAGAACUUAUGUAAAAAGCUUGGAGAGAGUCAAGGCGGAAAAACGCGCUUUAUCGUUUUUGGUUCAACAAAGCAUUGAAAUGGAUGAUGAACUUAUCGAAGAAACUCUAACGUUUGCGCCAACUGGAACGAAGCUCUUGCUGAGAGAGAAGAAGCCCGGAAGGUCGACUGGAUCGCAAAGGCGGCAGAAGCGUCGAGGAUACUCUGCCGCCCUCGCCGCAGCAGCAGAUGGAGAUCUGGGCGCCGAACUGAGGUCAUUUUAUUUGAGCUCGUCAGAUUUAGAACUGGAAGGCAUCGACAACGUCGAGGCGGAACAAACACACGGUGUUGUGGAAGCAGUUCUACUGGACAUGCACAAUGAGUCGGUUGGAAUUUUGCCUAUGUUCGCAGCUGUGGAUGCCAACGGAUAUCUCCGAAUAUUCAACCAGAACGCUGUCUCAAGAUUGUUCUACGAUGAGGAAGCCAUAGACGUCGCCAUAGAAGCUCCUGCUUGGAAUGAAGUGACUCUGCCCGGACGCAGUGAGUGGGACUCAAUUAGCGGGGAGCAAUUUACCGCCCCAUUACCGAUUGGAUUGGAGCGUAUUGUUGAAAUAGUGAGGGACUGGCGUCAAGAACGAGCCCAGAUGAGUGGGUCUCAGGCAACUGCUACGCCCCCCAACUCAAACGACCACCCCCCAGAAGUUUUUGCACAACGGGAAAGAGUCAGUCACGCUAAGCGAAAGGUGGCAGAACAAGAACUUCACGGAAAUGAAGAUGUAGCAGUCAUUCUGGCAGCUAGACGUGCGAUCCCAAAAAUUCAGGCUACGUUGGACGGGAGCAUGGAUCCUUUCGGUACGAAAACAAGAAAAAGUAAACGAGAGGGUCCUUCCAAGCGCUACGCUACUAUUCAAGGCAAUGGACGUGACGACAGUAAUCAAAUCAAGGCGAACGAGGAGACCAUGCAAAACAGCAGUUGGGAGGAGUUCAUGGCUAUAGUUUCAGUUCUUCAACAUUACGGUUUCGUUGAUGACAAUUACGACGUCACCAGUAUCGGGAGCAUAGGAGCAAAGGUGCGAUCCGAAAAUGAGCUUUGGAGCAGCCUGGUACUUCUGCAGCCAUCUCUUGAACAUGUCUCACCAGUUCACCUCGGAGCCAUCUUAGGAGCGACACAGAUGGAGUCAACCAGACCAGAUACUUACAUGAGCUACGAAGUUUCUCCGGCCACAAAAGAAGCAGUUAGAGAAGCAGCUGGGGAGAGAGUGCGACUCUUUGCAGUGCAAUCCGAAGCGAAUGUGUUCAUUCCCAUUUCUCUAGAUGCAGACUUGAUGGGGUUGGUGGAGGCAUGGGCCAGUGGUAUAAGUUGGGUGGAGCUCUUGAGCGGAACGUCUUUACAAGAAGGAGAUGCUUGUCGCAUACUGAGACGAGUUCUUGAUUUGCUCCGACAAGUCCCGUACUUGCCCGUAGUGUCGGAGGGUUUAAAGAGAAACUCAAAGCGGGCUGUGGCUCUCCUAGAUCGCUUUCCCGUGACAGAUGAUCGUACAUAUGUUGUCCGCGACAGUGAACGGCUCGAUGGGUCUAGUGGUUAGAGUGCUAGAGAGCACAAGUAGUCAGUCUACCAACGCGUCCGCUUCUGCCCUCAUUCUGCGUCAUUCUGCGCCAUUCUGUGUGAGAAGCAGAAGGAGGCUGGCGGUUGUCGAGUCCCUUCUUGUGGCUUGUUAGUCUUAUGGUUUACCCAGUGGAGGACUUGUUUUAUUCGUUGUUGAGAAGGGCUCCGCGAACGUGUCCAAUUGCGGUAUUCCUGUUAGCGAGUGAGCUGUGCUAUAUCGCCAAUCUUUGCGAACACGCUGGGUGACUCGCUCAUGAGCACUUCUUUUGCCUGGUUUGUGGAUUUAAAUGCUUUAACGUCCA